CCCGACUGAAGCGACACCAAAAUGUACACAGAAAAUGAAAAUAAUAUUUGACGUUUCAUGAGUUUGGACUUAUUCAUUGAAUGUAACAAGAGUAUCCAUUGCAUAUACGGUUUUGUUGAUCAGAUAUAAUAUUCUCUCCAAUAUGUUGUAAACUCUGGCUUUACACUCGUGAUGGAAGAUGCUGUGUCAAGAAGUUCGCUGGAUUCUUCAUCAACAGGCGAUGAAUAUGUUUUAGUGAAUGCUGAUCCAAAACUGAGAAUUACAGGUGACAUUAACGAUUUAAACACGGAGAUAAGUGAGCCGGACAGCGGUGGAGCGACGGGGCGGGGCGACAAGAUGGAAAACUCGAUGGAGCGUGAAAUAGGUCAUGUGAUUCCAAGCAGCCAGUCAGUGGACAUUCUUAACACAAAUGGAUCUGCAAACACUGGAUCGGACGAUGUGACAGUCACAGCCAGUUCAGUAUCACUCCCCACAACUCCAACAGGAGAUUGCAUUGUGUUCCACGGAGUUACCUACCUUGGUUGUGCUGUGGUUAAUGCUCCGCGAAGUGAAGUGGAAAUAUACAGAAACAUGGCCAUAUUGAACGAGCAAUCACAUGGAGCGAUGCCAAUAGUGUUGUCUGUUCCCGCUAACGCUGAUGGGGUCGUUAGCCAGUCUGAAGGAGUUGUUAGAUUACUUGAGCCCGACUCUGAUACUGAAAUCUCGAGCUACAAGAUUCACCGCAUUUUGUUUUGUGCACGCGGGCCAGCCGAUAGUAACGAAAAACGAUGCUUCGCCUUUACGUUCAGUCACGGGGUCUCUGCAGAGUCGGCGAUCUUCCAGUGUCAUGUGUUUAGAUGCGAUCUUCCAGAGGCUGUUGCGAAGAUCCUUUACUGUUUUGCAAGCACGUUUCGACGCGUUCCGAAAAAUCGAUCGACAGUCACAAAACAGAUUUCAACCUCGGACGAAGAUUUUGUAUUCACCGUCAAUCUGGAAUUCAGAGAAGAGGAUGGGAAAGGAGGGUUCACGCUUUGCCCGAGGGAUAAGAAUGUAUUCAAGUUGCGAUGUAAUUUGGAUAAACGACUCACGUUAACGGUGCAACAGACCGGAACAAAGCAGUUACGAAUUGAAAGGUGUUUUGGUCUGCUGAUAAGCCCUGGAAGAAAUGUAAAGCAUGGAGAUAUGACACUUAUUGAAAAGACAUCGAUGGGUUACACUGAAGACACCAUCUAUGUUAUAACGGGAAACUGGGAUCCAACUGAAGCCAGUUUUGCUGUGCUUAAUACGGAAACACCAAGAGACACUCGAGUGUUCAUGACAGCUGCGAUCGACCUGGUAAUCGUUGGUAUCCAAGAACCAGUGAGGUUUGCCAUAGAGACGAAGGCCAAGAUAUUCCCGCAGACGGAGAAGUUCUGGUACUUCAUGAGCAAACCACACACGGAGCUCUUCCAUUUGAAGCUUAAACCGGUUGAGGGUCACAAUGGGGAAAUCAGCCACGAGGUGCUUGGCGUGAGAAGCCAGUCAGAUUUGGACCGUCGUAAAGCCGGAAUGACUCUGCCGCUUGGACAUGCGAAGUUCCCCACCACCGAUAUACAGACCCCCAUUGAAGGACCUGAGGAAUUAUCAGAUGGGGAUGAGCCUUUACUCAGUGGUUCGGGAGUUGUCAGUAAGGAGAUUACAGAUGAGAACCUGCUUGAAGCAUGGCGAGAAGUCUUGAAGAAAUGGCAACAAAACCUCACACAGAAACCAAAACAGGUUUCACAGUUGGCAAAAAAGGGUAUACCUGAGGCACUCAGAGGGGAAGUUUGGCAGUUGUUAGCAGGAGCCCAAAAUAAUUCUGAGCUUUUGGAGGCAUACAGGAUUCUAAUUACAAAGGAAUCCAGUGGAGAGGGAGUCAUCCAGCGUGAUAUCAACCGCACAUUCCCGGCACACGACUUUUUUAAAGAGUCUGGAGGGCUUGGACAAGAAUCACUCUUUAAAAUAGCAAAGGCAUACUCAGUGUAUGAUGAAGAGAUUGGUUAUUGCCAAGGACAGUCAUUCCUGAUAGCAGCGCUGUUGUUACAUAUGCCAGAGGAGCAGGCAUUUUGUGUUCUUGUCAAGAUUAUGUUUGACUAUGGCCUGAGGGAUUUCUUCCGUAACGACUUUGGCGUUCUCCACCUAGCCUUCUACCAGCUUGAAAGAUUGCUACAGGACCAGCUCCCUGAUGUCUUUGACCACUUCAUGGAGAUGGGGUUGGAGGCUCACAUGUAUGCCAGCCAGUGGUUCCUCACACUGUUCACAGCCAAGUUCCCACUCUUCAUGGUCUUCCAUAUCCUAGAUAUAUUCCUGAGUGAGGGAAGAAAUUUUGCAUACCACGUGGCCCUGGGAUUGUUAAAGGUCUCGCGUAAGGACUUGCUGGCACUGGAUUUUGAAGGUGUCCUGAAGUAUUUCAGAGUGCAGCUGCCCAAGAGGUUCAGAACUGAGGAGGCUACUAGUGAACUGAUGCAGGUUGCCCUGAACUGUAAAAUACGAGGCAGCAAAUUGAAGAAGUAUGAGAAAGAAUACCAGGCCAUGAAAGAACAGGAGAUGCAGCAGGAGGACCCUCUUGUGAGGUUUGAGCGUGAAAACAAGCGCUUGAUGGACGCCAACAUUCGCCUGGAGCAGGAAAAUGAUGAUAUGGCUCACGAAUUGGUGGAGAGUAAACUCAACCUCUCCAAGAAAUUGGACGCUAGUCAAGACUUGUCCGAGUCCCUAACCAUGGAGUUAAUGACAACCAAGAAGAAACUUCUCGAGACAGAGGAAGAAAAACAGAGACUGGAAACAGAGUCCUCACAGGUGAAAGAGAUGUGUAGACGUGAGUUAGAGAGAUUGGAGGCGGACAAUACCAGAAAUACAGCCAUUAUUGCUGACUAUAAACAGAUAUGCUCACAGCUGAGUGAACGCUUGGAAAAACAACAAACAGCAAACAAAAAUGAGCUGGAAUCAAUAAGGAGUCAAGUGAAAUCCUGUGAAACAUGUAGCAAACUUUUCGAUCAGGACGGGAAGGUGCAACUCCCCGAACCUAAAAUAGAUCCAGACAGUGUCAAUCCAAAAGUUCUGAACUUAGAAAGCCGUGUUCGCGAGCUUGAAUUAGAACUUGCCCAAACAAAGUUGGCGUUAGUCGAAGCUGAGUGUAAAUCGCAAGAUUUGACCCAUCAGCUUACUUCAGCAGUAACUGAAAUCCAAGCUUCAAAGAAUACUUGGUUUUCAAAAUUCCAGAACUCCAUAAAAGAUGUGUCAAUAAUGCAGAAAAAAGACCCCUCGACGAAAGAUUUGCAACGGAAAGAUUCCACUUCAAAGGAAUGAGGAAUCUUUUGAUUGGUUACUGAAAAAGAUCGUGAAAUGACAUGUUGUGGAUUGGUUAGCAAAUCACAUGUACAUGUAAACGGCAAGAGGCAGAAAAUUUUCCAGAAAAACUAAGAAUUUGAUCGCAAACUUACAUGAAGAAGUUGAUUGGUUAACAAUCGCAUGCAUAAAAAUAAAAGUCUGCGAUAGGCAGAAAUAUUUCAUACAGUAAUUAUAACGUCUGUGAGCAAAAUAGUUUGGAGUGAUGGAUGCCUGUGACUAUUAAUAGAAUAGCGAAGUCAUCUUGAUAAUGGUUUUGAUUGGCCAUGGUACUUUUAAGGUAGUUAACUCUAUUUUCAAUAUUUGCCAUUAUUAAAAUGCCCAAAACUGAUAGUUAAAAAUUUUAAAAUGAGACUGAUCUAAUAAGUUUCAAAUGAAAAUAUAAAAUUAUAUAAAAGAUUAAGGGGAACAAAAAUUUGAAACAAAUUUAUUUUUCGGCCUUAUGAAGUUAUGCAUGAGCCAAAUAAAAAAAAUGAUUUGGUUAGGGUUACAUCCUUUUCCAAAACUUUCUUUUUUUUAUUAGGCAUUAUAUAAGAACAAAAUUGAAAUCCUUUAAAGAACGGGGUUAAAGCAAUGCUUUCAAUAUUUUUCAAACUACAUAUUAAAAUACACACUUAUUAUUUUAUUUUUUAUGCCCCCACAAAGUGGCGGCAUAUAGGGUUGCCCUUGUCCGUACGUACGUCUGUCUGUCUGUACGUACGUACGUCCCGAAGAUUGUUUCCGAUCUAAUUCUUGAAAACUGUUUGUCCAAUCCUCACCAAACUUUAAACACAUGUUCGUGACCAUAAUAUCUUGAUCAAGUUCGAUAGUCAUGGAAAUCGCUUUAGUCAUUUAGGAGUUACGGCCCUUUUUUGCCAAAAAUACUUCAAAAAUAUAUGUUUCCAAUCUAAUUCUUGAAAAGUAUGUGUCCAAUCCUCACCAAACUUUACAUACAUGAUUGUGACCAUAAUAUCUUGAUCCAGUUCGAUAGCCAUGGAAAUCGCUUUUGUCAUUUAGGAGUUACGGCCCUUUAUUUGCAAAAAAAGACUUGAGAUUAUCCUGAAUAAUCAUUAUGGCUUAUUUUCUGUGACAAAAAAUCGAAGUGGGGGCAUCCGUGUCCUAUGGACACAUUUCUAGUUUCAUAUCAACUGAUGGUAGUGUCGGCGCCUUUUUCGAAGGUAAGGUCUGGUAACCUGAACUAAAUGUAUUUUUGUAGGCAAAAUAAUUAUAUCUCAGUGCAGAAAACAUGAAUCUAGUAGGUCACUCUCUUCUUGCCAGUUUGUGCUAUGAAUAAAAACUACCGAGACAUUUAUAAAAAGGGUUAAAAAUAGUGAAUAAUGGUAUGGUCACAAAAUAUAAUGAAUUACACUCAAAAUAAAACCUGAUUAAAGGUCACUUAUACCAUUGUUAAAAUAUUCCUACAGGACAGCUAAAGGUUUUGAAAGGUUACUACCAAAAUAUUUCAGAGAAAAAAAAUCAGUUGUUAUUGUUCAUGAGCUUUCUUAAUGUAUCUUGUGAAUGUUGAAAGGAAAAUCUGCAUUUGUAAUACAGCCGUUUUGAUAAGUGACCCAUUAAUUAACUUUGAUGAGUGUUUAUUUUAAAUACAGUGUUUUCAAAAGCGAUCCUUUAUCAUUUUUUGUUGAGUGUAUAAUAUGUAUUAUUUUAAGUUGUGAUAUUGCAAUAUUGAUCAUAAUAAUUAAUAUAUUUAUCAUAAAUAUUUCAUUGACAAUAAUCUAUCACAAACAUGUGAAAUUGUAUGUAGUUACAUGUUGAUAAUAUUUUUUUUGACAAAGAUAACAAUGAAAAAUGGGAAAUGGAUUAUCCAAAUGGGAAAUACAUUAUAUUCCAAUAGGAAAUGGAUAAUUCUAAUGGAAAGUGGAUUAUUCCAAUUGAGAGUGCAUUAUUCCAAUGGGAAGUUCACUUUUCCUAUGGAAAGUGCACUAUUUCGAUGGAAAGUGCAUUAUUCCCAUGAAAAGUGCAUUAUUACAAUGGGAAAUGUAUAUUCCAAUGGAAAGCGCAUUAUUAUAAUGGGAAAUGUGUAUUGCAAUGGAAAGUGCAUUAUUCCGCUGGGAAAUGUAUAUUCCAAUGGAAAAUGCAUUAUUCUGAUGGGAAAUUGAUUUAUCCAGUUGAAAGUGCAUUAUUCCGAUGGUAAAAUCGAUAAUUUCAAUAGAAAGUGCAUUAUUCCGAUGGAAAAUGGAUAAUUCCAAUGGAAAGUGCAUUAUUCCCAUGGAAAAUGGAUAAUUCCAAUGGAAAGUGCAUUAUUCCCAUGGAAAAUGCAAAACUCCCAUGGAAAUGCAUUAUUCCCAUGGAAAAUGAAUUUUUACAAUAGGAAAUGGAUUAUUCACAUUUAAACUGCAUUAUUCCAACUGAAAAUGGAUUAUUACAAUGGAAAGUGCAUUGUUCCAACAAGAAAUGGAUUAUUCCAAUGGAAAAUGGAUUAUUCAAAUGGAAAUGCAUUGUUCCAAUGAAAAGUGGACUAUUCCAUAUUUGUGUGCAAUACCCAUGUUAUGGAUAAUUUUGCUUGUAAACUUAAAAACUUAUACAUUGUGAUUACUUUUAAAUGUUUCUUUGUAAAGAAAAUGGUCACAAAAUUUCUCUUCUGAAAAUUCAUUGCCUACUCUUUUUAUCCAUUAAAAGACAAAAAUGAAAUAUGGACUCACAUGUAAAACGGUAUGUUAAUAUUGUCCAUAUUAUAAGAGAUUGUUUUUAUUCAAUAUCAUAUCACACUUUAUUACAGCAAUUAAUUUAUUAGUUGAAUAGUGGCAAGGCCUAAAAAAAGUAAUUGUUUGGUUAGGGUUACAUCCUUUUCAGAAGGUAGGGUAGGUAGGUAGGGGUUUUUUUUAUUUAUUUUUUUAUUUUUAUUUUUAUUAGGUUUAUAUAAGAAUGUCAUUUUCAUCAUAGCGGAAUGGUGUUAUCUUUUGUGUAAGCAUUUAAGGUUUUAAACUACGUAUUGAAAAGAAAUUUAAAAAAAAAAAAUAAUAUUUUUUCUUUAAUUUUUCUUUUCUUUUUUUUGUCAAACUGACUAUAAAAACGGUAAGGUCGGCGCCUAUUCCGUAGGUAGGGUCGGGUAACCCGAACCAAAUGUAUUUUUUUUUUAAGCCCAAUUGAAUUUUACAAUAUUACAAUGUUCAAAGAUUAAAACUGUUCAAAAUAGUAUCUCCUGUAAUCAUGAAGCAAUUUUACAAUAAAACAAUAUUGUCAUUUUAAAGCAAUUUAGUUUAACAAUAAAACAUUGUUUAGAGAUAAAAAAAAAUUGAUCACUUUGAAGUAAUUGAAUUUUGCAAUAUUACAAUGUUCAAAGUAGUAUCCCUUUUAGUCAUGAAGCAAUUUUACAAUAAAACAAUGUUUAAAGAUUAAAUUGUUAAAAAGAAAUGUUAUUUUUAAGUAAUUAAGUUUAACAAUAAAACAUUGUUUAGAGAUUAAAUUUUUUAUCACUUUGAAGUAAUUGAAUUUUGCAAUAUUACCAUGUUCAAAGUAGUAUCUCUUUUAAUCAUAAAGCAAUUUUACAAUAAAACAAUGUUUAAUGAUUAAAAAUGUUAAGAAAAAAAAAACAAUUUUAAAGUAAUUAAGUUAUAAUAAAACAUUGUCUAGAGAUUAUUUUUUUUAUCACUUUGAAGUAAUUGAAUUUUGCAAUAAAACAAUGUUCGGAGAUUAACCUAUUAAAGAAUUUUAGAAUUAAACAAUGUUAUAAUAUUAAAAUAGUUGUAAAAGUAUUCUAUUUCAAGUUAUUGAAUUUUAUAAUAAAAAAGUUUAGAGAUUGAGCCUAGAAUUUUAAAAUUAAAACAAUGUUUAAAGAUUAAAAUUGUUUAAAAUAGUGUCAAUUUGAAUAAAAUAGCCAGAAACUACCAGAAAAUGCGAAAGUUCUGUGAUAAAAUGGUCCCACCUUUUCUUGUAAAUAUAAUUUUCUGUACAUCUUUAUUUAUUUAAUUGAAAGGGAACGAAAAUGUUUGAUAAAGAAAAACACAAAUAAUUUUAACUAUUAUAUUUAGUUGUAUCCAAAAAAAAGCAGAAAAAGGACAAUUCAAAUUUAAUUUUUAACACCUGGUACCUUCCUUGCAUUAAGGCAUGUUUUAUAAUAACAUCAUGUUGUCAGCGAAAAUGCGUCCUUUGGAGCGAAAUAGUGACGGUUUCAUUUUUGUAAGAUGAGAAUAGCAAUCAUAGCUACAUUGAUAUAUUUUCAAAAAGGUUAUUUAACCUUAUUUAACAAGUUGCUAUAAGUUUGCUUAUGAUUCUAUCUCUUGGUUAAAGUUGCGUUUUUUUUGUUAAUGUGAAACCCCAACUGGACUCAUUUUCAACAUCACAUGUGUUUAGAUCUCUAUUUCCUAAACAUUUGUCUCCUUUAUAGUAUUAUAAUGAUAUAAAGAAGUAUUGAUUUUAUUCAUAUCAUUGAAGUAUAACAUAUAUUUAUAUUUCAUUAAGUAUUUAUUGGAAUGAAUAAGCCUCAAGGGCUGUGGCCCUUAUUUCUGGAAAAAUCUUGAGCAUUCUUUCAUAACAUAAGUAUCUUACUUUAUUUAGCCCAAUUGCCAUUGAAACUAGAUUUUACACACACAAAAACUGAUUCUGAUUAUCUUAAAUAUUGCUUAUUUAAAAGCCUUAAAACUCUUUCAAGGAGAAUUUCAAGUUAUUAUCCUUUUGAGCUUGAUUCCAUUAAAAGGGCUUAAAAACCAGUUGUCCAGUUAGCGCAGUGGUUAGUGCACUCGCUUCUCACCCAGGCAACCCAAGUUUGAUUCCUGGCCUAGGCUCAUGUGAGUUUGGUUUCGGUUUCCCCCACAACACAAGAUCACACUCUCGCAACAUUGUGUCCACGAGAGUGACUUAGUAUAAGCUAUCAUAGCUUUCUUCACAAUCAUUGUAAAAUAUACAACAUUUCAACUAAAGCAUUUGGUUUUCUUUAUUUGAGCUAUAUUUAAAACAACUGAACACUGAUAUGAAUCACUCAUUAGUCUGUGUUCUGGGCAGACAUCUGAGCAUUGCUUGUGUCCUGUCAGAGGCUUAGAGAACAUUUCCUAGCGGUGCUCAAACCCACAACCUCAUGGGUGAGAGUCAGACACCUAUACCACUAGACCACUCUCACUCUAUUAGAGAUCAAACCCACAACCUCUUGGGUGAAAGGCAGACAUCUACACCAUUAGACCACUCACCCUGGUGGGGAUCAAACCCACAACCUCUUAGGUGAGAGGCAGAUACCUUUACCACUAUAGACUACGCUAAACCGAGUGGUAAAAUCCACAAACUCUUUGGUGUUGGUUUAGGGACAGGCACCUAAACUGCUCUCACCCUAUUUGAAAUCAAACCCACCACUUCUUUGGUGUGAGGCAGAUACCUAUACCACUAGACCACUCGCCCAAUUUGAAAUCAAACCCACAACCUCUUGGGUGGGAGGUGGACACCUAAACCACUAGACCACUCUCACCCUAUAUGAGAUCAAACCCACCACCCCUUGGAUGAGAGUCAGGCACUUAAACCACUAGACCACUCUCGACCCAUGAUUAACGUUAAACACUGGUUAAGAUUUUGAGAUAUUUCAACUUGGGAGUAUAUUUACCGUAUUCCUCCUCAUCAGGCUGCCUCUUUGUUUUUUAAUGGCAUUGUGCAAUGUAUAUAUUGUUAAUUAUGAGUUCUGUUAAUGUUUAUGUAUAAUUUAUUCUAUACUGAAAACCACAUACAUGUCAUGCUCUGUGAAAUUCUGAAAGUUCAUGCGUAUACUUUCAGUAAGUGAUAGUAACUUAACCCACAACGGGUGUUAUUGAAAUUGCCGUAAAUGUCGUGUUAAACUUGAAAGCUGUAUUAGACACCCCGGGGGUCUUUUUAUGUGUCUAUUUUCUGAUCCUGUGACCUAUGAGUUCCAUUACCUUAAGCUCCAAAAAAUGCCAAAAAAAUCUGAUGAAAAGUAUUCGGGCUGAUGGCAUUUUUAAUAGGACUUAUAUGGUAUAUACAAGCACUUUCGUGGAAUCAACAUGAGUGUAUAAUUUCUGUCAAAGCUAGUGGACGAGGGAACUGUUUUGUAAAUUGUUGUCAAGGACAUAUUUCAAUAACUAGUUACUAGUAUGCGAUGUAAGUAAAAGAUGUUAAAAUUUAUCCGUAAGAUAUUUAUAGCACGGUUUAUCUCCGUCUGCUUUUUACUAUUCUGAUAUGGAAAAUAGUUUAUAUAUUUUGUCAAGGAAAUAUUUCAAUAACUAGUUACUAGUAUGCGGUUAUUGUUGUAAUUUUUCCACAUAAUAGGUAUAGCAAGGUUAAGCUCCGCCUGCUUUUUACCAUUCCGAUAUGGAAGGUAGUUUAUAUUUGUUGUCAAGGACAUAUGUCAAUAACUUUAUAGUGUGCGGUGUAAGUUAAAAGUGUAAUAAUUUAUCCGCAUGAUAGUUAUAGAAAAGAAAAGCUCCGCUUGCUUUUUACCAUUCCAAUAUGGAAGAUAAUUUAUAAAUGUUGUUAAGGACAUAAUAAAAAAAUAUUGUCAGCAACUAGUGUGGGGUGUUGAGAAAAGUGUUAUAAUAUAUCCGCAUGAUAGUUAUGGAACAGUUAAGCUCUGCCUGCUUGUAACCAUUCCGAUAUGGAAGUUAAUGUACAGACAAAUUCACAAACAUGGCACAACUUCAAGAAACAAUGCAAGAGUAUAAGAUGUUACCGUAUAGUAAAAAAAAUGUUGAGUUAUGUAUAAAUACCAGAUAUAUGUUCCACGUUAUUAAAAUGUAACUACAUGUACCUUUAAGUCCUGUCAUUUAUGGAAAUAUUGCCCUUACAAAAAUUGUCAUGCUUUUAAGGGGCAUAUUAUAGGUUUACACUUGAUAGAUGCCAAAGAAAAUGCAUUAAAAAAUAGAAAAGAUAGUGGGGGAAAAAGUCAUCUACCCAAGUGUAAACCUAUAUGGUACCCGUUUAAAAUCUAAUAAUAUAAUUUUUUACAUGAAUUAGUUCAUUAUAUCACUUCUAGUCAAUACUAAUUGAAAUCAUGAUUUCCUAAUAAUUUCCUUGUAAAAAGCAUUCCAUAAGUUUUGUACAUGUGUAGUUUCUAUAUAAUGCUUAAUAUUCUACAUGUAUUAUCAUCAGGAACACACUGUUAUUUCAUUUGAUGAUGAGCUGAUUGUCCAGGAAUCUGUAAAAAGUUAACAACGUUGUUAAUUUCGUCGUUGUUAACGGCAUCGUUGUUAACGGCAUCGUUGUUAACCUUAAAAAGUAGAAUAUUUUAUAUUGUGCUCAUAUACCUACAUUAAACGAGUAUAGCUGUGAAACAUUUCUCUCAAAUAUUGUUAGAAAUACUGUAAAUUAUAAGUGUAUCUUUUCAAUUGUUAGUGCAAUAUCGAUUUUAAAGUUAACAAUGAUGUUGUUAACUUCGUUGUUUACUUGAACGGAGUUAACAACAAUGACGCUGACUAUGUUGUUAACUUCGUUGUUUACUUGAACGGAGUUAACAACAAUGACGUUGACUUUAACCUUCAGGCGUCAUCUGUUUUCGCAAUUCAUUGACUUGACACUGGUAGUGUUAACUUUAGUAAGUUGAGGUUUAAAAAAAGUCUUUUGUUUUCAUGUUGAACUUUCCUGUGUUUGAAGGAAAAAAGUCAUGGCAGAGUUAUGCAUCCAAGCCUUCAUUUCGAAGUUGAUAUAUUGUGUUCAAAUCGUUUUGUCGUCGAAAUCAAGACGAUAUAAUAUGUCAAGUUUUAACUGCUAAAGUGGCAUAAAACAUGUCGACAUGACUAUCGAAGUUGAAGAUUUAGGCAUUUCGACAUAUGCAUUUGAUAUUUCAUUAUAACUUAUCGCUAUUUGUUGUUGUGUCAGUAAAUUCAAUUAGAUUUUUUGCAAAACGGCUUAAAAAUGAGCUGUUAAUGAUUUUGUCUUCAAGGGACUCAUCCAUGUGUUAUAUGGUCAAGAUAGCAACAACAACAAUAAAUAUCUGUGUCAGAUUUGAACAAAAUGCUUGUUAUAACAAUACAACAUUAUCAACUGUGAGUUCAUAUUAUAGCUCUUUUGUUAAUAAAUGUUUAAAAAUGUGUCACUAAACGCUGUUGUUGUUUGUUUUUUUGCUCAAAAACGUAAGAAACGAUAUAAGAAAUAGAGUUAUUUUUGGCUUGGAUUUCCAAACAUCUGUUCAAAUGAGUUUAUACUGUUUGAUGUUUGUUCAUAAAAGUAAGGAAAAUAACUAAAUUUUGACAAAAUUCGAAAGACAAAUAAUCUAACAAAUAAUCUUUGAGUGGAUCCCUUUAAUAAACUAAAUGCUAUGUUUAUAAUGAACUGUACUGGGAAGGUAUCCAUAAGAUAUUCUAAAUCAAUUCCUAGCUUAAGUCAAUUUCUUUUAUUUUGUACAGUACUGUUAAGACCAAACUUUACACUCUUGUUCACUAGGAGUGCACUAGUAGUGAACAAUAAGUGCACUAUGGAUAAGCUAAUGUAGUCUGUAGUUUAUUAGAUAAGCCAGUAUUGUAUUAGUAGAAUUUUAAUAAUUGUACACAUUUUUUAACAAGAAAGUGUUAAUUUUAAAUAGAGACAUUGAAAAUAAAAACAUUUAUAAAAUUUUAAUGAUACAUCUCCUGUGCCAUUAUUCAAUAUUGAUCUUAUCCUAAUUCUUAGACACGCCUCAGUGAUUCCAUUCAGCCCAUUGGUCAGCUAAUUAUACAGGCCAAUCAAAACACUUAGAUUCUAAUUUUAAAAUCUAAGUUCAAUCUAAGUUGCUUAUUGAAUAUGGCCCCAGGGGGCUACUUAGAUUAGGAACAUGGUUUAAGUUAGGAAAUGACUUAAGAUGUUUUAUUAAUAACAGCUCAGUUUAUUCCUUGAUACUUAAAUGACAUUUAUUGUGUACUUUAUCAUGAACAUGUGUUUAUGAUAAAUUGUUGUUGCUUCGCACCUCUUUGCUUGAUAUUAAAUCUAUGUUAAUAUAAUAUACGAUAUCGAAAAUAAUAAAAAAAAUAUUAUCAUA